AUGUCAAAAACAGCUAAUCAUUUCCCCGAUCCUCUGACCCCAUUGAAUUUUCUGGACAAAUUCGUUUCGUACACGUGUACUUGCAUUUAUUUAUGUUUUAUUUCAUCAUCGGUGUGUAUUUUGUGGUCACUGAUCGUUGAGAAAAUAUUUCAAGUUACUGUGUUCCCAAAAUUUUGUUUCAAAGUGUUAAGACUGUGAAAUCUUAUUUGCCGUGUUUACAUUGUUUAAAAGGACACAAAAAUGUCUGAAUUUAGAGACUGGUACAAUAGCGUGCCGUUUUUCACUCGGCAUUGGUUGACUUACACGAUAGUUCUCAGUUUGUUGGGAAAAUUUGGCAUCAUUAGUUAUUAUUAUCUGUUACUCGAUUUCGAACGCUUCGCAUAUAAUUUCCAGAUAUGGAGGCCAGCAACAGCGUUAUUCUUCUACCCAAUUACACCUGGUACAGGAUUACAUUUUUUGAUAAACUGUUAUUUCCUGUACAACUAUUCACAAAGGUUAGAGACAAGUAUAUUUGCGGGCAAGCCUGCAGACUACUUCUACAUGCUGCUGUUUAACUGGGUGUGCUGUGUAAUCAUUGGAUUUGUUGUUGAGUUGAGAUUUUUGAUGGACGCAAUGGUGCUGUCCGUACUGUAUGUGUGGUGCCAGCUCAACAAGGAUGUCAUUGUGUCAUUUUGGUUUGGCACAAGGUUCAAAGCUAUGUACCUUCCGUGGGUACUGCUCGCGUUCAACCUCAUCAUUAGUGGGAGUGUAAUGAUGGAGCUGUUGGGCAUCCUCAUUGGGCACCUUGCAUUCUUCCUGCUAUUCAAAUACCCACAAGAGUUCGGCGGCCCGGCUCUCCUGACACCACCUGCCUUCUUGAAGCAGAUAUUCCCGGACACGCGGUACAUGGGUGGGUUUGGAUCGGCGCCACAAGAGCGGGCACCCACGCGCCCCGCGGGCAACGUGUUCGGUGGCCAUAACUGGGGACGCGGUCAGACGCUAGGAGGAAACUGAACUGUGUUGUAAAGCGCUAGGGAUCCAUUUAGAUUGUAUAAUGAUUUGUGAUGAACUGUUUGAUACUACCGUUUUGGAUGGGUUUGAGACAUUUGUUGGUGGACUUAUUAAAAGUGUUACAUUGUUUUGAAAGAGGGAUUUUUUUACGAUAUUUAUAUCACUAUUGAUAUCCAAAGCAUUUCAAGGGUUGCCAGUUAAUAUAUCCUGGAUUUGUCAUACUUCAAAAAUUGAUCUCUGUAAUAUUUUUCGAUAUCAUUUCUAUUUGGAAACAACUUUCAAAAUUAGCAAUGAUAAAGUCACAAUCUAAAAAUUUAAAGAUAUGUCCAAUAAAAUGGGCCAUUGUGUAUGUGUUUCAAGCUAUAGAACACUGCUUAUAGAUACUAAGAAAUAUAUUUUUUAUUCUUAUCUGUUUAUCUUUAAAUUAGUUUUUUCAUGGCAACAAUCAACUCACUAAAUUGUUGUAACUUCACUUUUUUUUAAUAACAAGAGACUCCUUAAAAAUAUUUCUUGGCAAUUUCAAUAAAUUAACCUAAGCACCAUCUUUGAAUUGACAGUGAAAAUGGACCGAGCAAAAUAAAGUUUAUAUGACAUUACAAACAACUUAUUUUAAUUCGUUUAUUAUUACCAUUCUUCAGAAGGUAUAAGGAUCGUUUAUUGAUUCCGCCUUCAGGUAUAAAAGUAUAAAAAAUUGGAGCAGGAUUCCUUCAGUUCAAAUAUGCUAUAAGCAGUUCAUAACAUGAAAGCAAUUUAAAGGCUUAGGUAUUUUUAUAACAAGAGGCAAAGUGGAGACUAUUUUUUAUUUUAUUCGAAUUACUUGCGAUAACUAUGAAAUAUUAAAUAACAUACUAAGGUAUAAUAUUUUUGUACCUUAUGGCAUUUGUUUUUAGCCUUUGGUGAGUGUUUUCAGGUUACUUUAGGCUAUUUUUUUUUUAAUAAUGGCCAUUGCAGCUUCGUUAUCGAUCCUGAGGCAGUACUAAUUGCAAAAGUUGAAUCUUAUUGUGUACACAACAAAGGUUAGGUUGGACUAAUGGUACAGAGAAUCUUACAUUAUUCUAAUUACUAAUACUUAAUUGGUAAUUAAAUUAAAGCCAUAUUGGAAAUAUCCAAGCUUUAAUAACAAUCAAGUCGGUCUAUAAGUUAAUACCAAUUUCAUCUCUAUUAAUGCCAAAUUGGCCAUAACAAUAUUAUUAAUUACAUAUUUUAGUGCGAAAAAUACCUAAAAGUGAAAAAAUUAAUCCGAUCUGACAUUUGAUCAAAUGAGUUUAACUAUGAUUGUAUCAUUUUUUUGUAGCCAUUGUUUAAUUGUUCUUGUAUGGUCGGUUGCAAUAAUUGAUUUCAGAUAUCUUUAGAUUUACGUCGCUGGAUGGGGGCUAUUUGCAAUAGGUGGAUCAGGAAAUCUUUGGGGGAAGCCCAUGUUCAGCAGUAGACAUCCUGUGGCUGAUGAUCUUUAGAUUAAUCCGAAGAUUGAACCAUUCAAAAUGAGUUAUUCAAAAUAUAUUUUUGUUAUCUGGGAUCGUUUAUUGUAAUCGACCGAUAAACGGCAAUCGAAUAACGUUUGUUUUAAUACAGAAAAUAAAUUUAUUAAAUGCGUUAUAAA